UACUCCUAGCGUUUUAAAACCAACAGAGCAUCCAAUAGAUUUUUUUUGAUCGCUACAGGGUUGAUUUCUGCAUAUUCUUGCACGACAUAACGAUGAAGCUCAGCACUUAUAUUGUAUUGGUUGCCUCUGUGUCUAAUUUUGGACAAGGCGCUCCGUCCCCGAAUGGAUAUGAAGCUUGUGAAAUACAAGUGGAAACACAAUUGCCGGUCUGUUGUAAAACGCCUAGCCUACGAAAAAUAAAAGGAUGUCUGGAGAUUCACCGCUAUCCAACUGAUCCAUCCGAUUUCCGCACUGCUUGCAAAGCACUAGGACAGCCAUAUGCAAGGUGCUGCACGCCACCUGAUCACAAAAAUCCGAGCGACGACCUCCUUGGCGAUCUCCUCGGUCCGAAUCAAUGCGUGAAACCAGUUGGGAUUGAUGAAUAAUUCAGAAGCAAGCCGGAGUGGAAUACUAUGAAUUCUAUCACUCUAUAGUCUGUCGGUCACAACACUCACGACAGUCACGAUGUCGAAAUAGUUGCUACGCGACGUGUUCGCUUGCUAGCUGGCAAUAAAGAAGCUUCAACAACAAGUGUUUGCCAGCUGGCAAAGGAAGGCCGCUAGCUGGCAGGACCACAACAGCCUUGUAUACAAAUAGAGAAGUGAACUGUGGAAGGAGGAGAGGGAUUUGUCCUUAUUCAAGUUUGUUGUCUUCUUUCUAUCUCAUAUAUAGAAGAGUUAACAAUAGCAUUAUGUUUGGCGAACUUUUCUCGUAAUACCUAGACAGCUACGUGACAGAUGGUCGAGAGCUACCCGAGACCACCACGUGCCUAGCCCGUUACAGUACUAUUCACUAGUGUAAACUUAUUUCUACUUACUCGGUCGCACACCGACACUCCCCAACUUAGUAUAGAUCCUAUCCCAAAACUUACACUCGGAAAAGUCUAUUGGAGAUAUUGCCAUCGCUUCGUUGGUUAUAUGUAAACCUUGAUGGCUGCAUUUUUCAAAUUGCGGCCAAGGUAGUUCCUGCGUUGAAGGUGAUCUUGAGGUAGCCAUUGAAGACCAAGCGGCGAUCAAUGUUUGACUAAUACUCUUGUCGAAUGAACUGCUAUUGCAUGUACCAGUUCCAAAGGGCAUUUGGUCCAUAUUGCCAAAAACAAACGAGAUUUCACUGGUGUGAGCGGCUCCAAAGGCCUCUUCAAAUUCUUUUGGAGGAACAUUCUCUCCGUCCACAUAAAGCCAAGGGCAACUAGGAGUCCGACCGAAGCGAUAGCUAUAAGUUGGCAUGCCAGCGGCCUUUGCUGCCAAAAGAGCUCUUCGAGGCUGGCAAAUGAAGCUAGCCAUUGAAAGAACGUGAGUGAUGGCGAUCAGUAUAUUCGCCUUCGGGCUUGCACUAAUGUUGAAUUUGCUGAGAGGGUAUGCAGCGCCGAUGU